AUGGUCCUAAAGAUCUACACCCACCACAUGGCCUGCGACCGGCGCCCCAUCAUGGCCACGCACCCGGGCACCGACCAGCCCAGCAAGGUCAUGGUGGACCCCUACGCCCAGCCCAUCCGCUGCGACCCAGAGACCUGCCCGGGCGACCGCGACGCCGAGCCGCUGUGCAGAUGGCACACGUGCUGCCGCGUGCGGGAGCGCGUGCUCGGCUGCCCCAGGGGCCACCAGGCCCAAGCGAACCGCAGCCGCCUGCCGCACUCCCGCAUGGUCAACCACGACUGCGCCAUGGUGCACGAGGUACACACCUACGAGCAGUCCACCGAGCGCUGUCGCCUGUUCCCCUCGACCGAAGCCGCCAGCGCCACAUGCGCCCCUCCCGUCAUCGCCACAACCACGCCGCCCUGGCCCCUCGUCCCCGCCUCGGCCGAGACCGACGACAUGCUCAAGCGGUGGCGGACGGCGCCCCGCGAGACCCUGACGUUUGCGGCCGCGCGCCGGGCUCUCUUCCGCGCCGGCCGGGACCUGCACGCCGCGAAGCGGAGGGUGGCGGAGCGGACGCGGGGCGACGACGAGGCCUGCCGGGCCGGAUCGGCAGAGCGGCAGGUCCUCGCGAGGGAGAUGCUGGUGGACGCGCGGGAGCACCUGAGGGUGGUCAGGGGCCUGUGGCGGCUGUGGGCGCUGCAGGUGUUUAUGGAGGAGCAGGUUGAGGGCGACCAGUGCGUCGUGGUGGACGACUGGUUCGAGGCGCUGCGGAGGGAGUUUAGGGCUCUGGAUAAAAUGGUCCUGCUGCCGCUGCGUUGA